CACCCCUCCGCUCAAAUUCCGAGAAUUGAGCUGUGUUGAUUCUUAGAACUGGGGUUCUUAGAAGUGGUGAUGCAAGGAGUUUCUAGGAAAGCGAGGAGACCAGGUCUGAAAGGAACCCUUGGACUGUGAAUCGAAGCGCAAGACAGACCCAGGAUGGCGUCUCCGGCCGACAGCUGCAUCCAGUUCACCCGACACGCCAGCGACGUCCUCCUCAACCUCAACCGCCUUCGGAGCAGAGACAUCCUGACGGACGUUGUCAUCAUCGUCAACCGGGAGCAGUUCCGGGCCCAUAAAACCGUAUUGAUGGCCUGCAGCGGCCUUUUCUACAGCAUUUUCACAGAUCAGUUGAAGUGCAAUUUGAACGUCAUCAACCUGGAUCCCGAGAUCAACCCGGAAGGCUUUGGCAUCCUCUUGGACUUCAUGUACACCUCCCGCCUCAACCUGCGGGAAGGCAACAUCAUGGCCGUCAUGACCACCGCCCUUUACCUGCAGAUGGAGCAUGUGGUGGACACCUGCCGAAGGCUGGUCAACUCAAGCGAAGCAGAGCUGGUCUCGGCUGUGAAGGCUCCACGGGAAGAAUUCCUCACCAGCCGCAUGCUGAGCCAUCCGGAGAUGAUGGCAUACAGGGCCCGGGAAAUGUCCGAAAGCGGCCUGCCCCUCCGGAGCGGCCCCGUUUGUGAUGGGCGGGCCUACAUCCCCGGCUUGUACAACGGCCUUUCGGGGUCCCCAAUCUCCUAUACUGGAUACAACCCGGUGCCCGUCGGCGGCUACCUGUUCUCGGACGAAGAGGCUAGGAUGCCGCUGCCGGACAUGUCCAGGGCCAACACUUUCCAGAGGGAGCGAGCGCUGCCUUGCGGCGUCUCCCGGACAUGCUCCACCGAUUAUACCCGGACAACAGCCGAUGCUUCUCCCAGUACGUGCCACAAUGCCAUCUACUCCCCAAAAGAAGCUGCUGCUGAAGAGGUCAAGAGCGACAUGCGCUACAGCGCUGCCUCCGCCACCGGACCCAAACCCGCCACCCCUUUGACCCGGAACAACGGCUACUUUGCCUGCGACAAGGCAAGCAAAGAGGAGGAGCGGAGCCACACGGAGGAUGACAUGGGGCCGCGCUAUGAGCCGAGCAACGCGCCCGUGAACCGCAAGGUCCUGAUCAGCCCCCAGAGCCCCCAGAAGUCAGACUGCCAGCCCAACUCUCCGACCGAGUCCAGCAGCAGCAAGAACGCCUGCAUUGGCCAAGGGGCCGGCUCCCUCGCCGCCAAGAGCCCCACGGACCCCAAGGCGUGCAACUGGAAGAAGUACAAGUUCAUUGUCCUCAACUCGCUCAACCAGAGUGCCAAGCAAGACGGCCCCGAGCAGAACGAAGCUGGGACCCUCUCCCCGCAGUCCUACGCACCUGCCCUGACCUGCCAGCAGCCUAUGGAGCCAGAGAACCUGGACCUGCAGUCCCCAACCAAGAUGAACGUCAAUGGAGAAGACUCCACAAUCCCGCAAGCCAGCCGGCUGAACAACCUGGUGAACAGGUCCCUGGAGGGCUCCCCACGGAGCAGCGAGGUCCAGUCCCCCUUGUACCUGCAUUCCUCCAAGUGCAGCUCCUGCGGCUCCCAGUCCCCCCAGCAUCCCGAGAUGUGCCUUCACACCCCCAGCUCCAACUUCGGAGAAGAGAUGGGCGAGACCCAGUCCGAAUACUCUGAUUCCAGUUGCGAAAACGGAACCUUUUUCUGCAACGAAUGCCACUGCCGCUUUUCGGAAGAGGCUGCCCUCAAGCGACACUCCCUCCAAAUGCACAGCGACAAGCCCUACAAAUGUGACUGUUGCCAAGCCUCCUUCCGCUACAAGGGGAACCUAGCCAGCCAUAAAACUGUCCACACAGGUGAGAAACCGUAUCGCUGCAGCAUUUGCGGAGCGCAGUUCAACCGGCCGGCCAACCUGAAGACUCACACGCGGAUCCACUCUGGCGAGAAGCCCUACAAGUGCGAAACCUGCGGGGCAAGAUUCGUCCAGGUUGCGCACCUCCGGGCCCAUGUGCUGAUCCACACUGGCGAGAAACCCUACCCAUGUGAAAUCUGUGGCACGCGCUUCAGGCACCUGCAGACCCUCAAGAGUCACCUUCGCAUCCACACCGGAGAGAAGCCCUACCAUUGUGAAAAGUGCAACCUUCAUUUCCGCCACAAAAGCCAGCUGCGGCUCCACUUGCGCCAGAAGCACGGGGCCAUCACCAACACCAAGGUGCAAUACCGCGUCUCGGCGGAGGUCACGCCGGAGCUCCCCAAAGCGUGCUAGAGGCGGGCGAGGGCGAAGGAAGGCGAGGGCGGCGAGCCCGGGAGACGGCGGCGGCAAAGACGAGCGAGUGGCGCGGAAGGGGGAGACGAUGCCCAAAGGAUACUUGCAACACUUUAGCAACUCCUCCACUGCUUUUAAUUCGUUUUGUUGGUCACACAAUGGAGUGCCUCGAAGAAGCCCAGAGCGCAGGCAGGCAGGUGGAACAGAGGAAAAGGACUGAAUGAUGAGAAUACACGGGUUUUAUGUUUUUAUUAUUAUUAUUAUUAUUAUUUUGGUUUAUUUCCCAGUUAUGUGAAUUUUUCAAGGAAAAAAAAAGAUCUAUAGAUAUAUAUAUAUAUGUAUAUGUGCGUAACAGCUGAGAUUCUACCUUGGGUUUGCGUUGCGUCGGACUCCACUUGUGGAGCCGCAGAUGAAUUGUGAUGAAUGGCUCGGUUAUGCCACUGAACCAAGAUGUCAAAUGUGCCACUACGUGGGCACGCACCUCCGUGCGCAGUGUGUGUGCCUGUGUGCGCAUCCGUGCACAUCCAUACACGAUUUGUGCCUACGUGCAAUGUGCUCAUCCAUGCGCAUCUACUUGCAA